AAAUCCCGAUAAUGAUUAGAUAGUACUCCAAUCCAAGUUAUUUGAUCAACAUAUGUAAUUGACAAAAAUAAUUCUACUAACUAAUUAACUAAUUAAAGUUUUUGCCUUUUUGGUUUGAAACGAUAACCAUCCAAUGAAUGGGAGACAGAUCAUUAUCUCUUUCUCUAAAUCUCUCCAAUGGCGUCUCUUCGCAGCCUUUCGAUUUGGUUCUUCUUCUUCUUCGUCUUCUUAAUCAAUCCCUCCAUUUCUAUUCGCACUUCCUUCAUCAAGCUCCCCACAAGCGACGGAUCUCGUUACUGCGACAGCUGGAGAUUAGCCGCCGAGACCAACAACGCCGGAACUUGGGAUGUGAUUCCGUCAAUUUGCGUGGAUUCCGUCGCCGAGUAUCUCAACGGAGAUCAGUUCCGAUCAGAUUACGAUGUCAUCGCCGAUUAUGCGCUCGCGUUCGCGAAAUCGGUUGAAAUCUCCGGCGACGGUAAGGACGUGUGGAUCUUCGAUAUCGACGAGACGCUUCUCACGAAUAUUGACUACUACAAGGCUCAUGGUUACGGGUCUGAACCGUAUGACAAUAAUAGUUUUAGUGAGUGGGUGGAACAAGGAACAGCUCCAGCUUUUGAUGCGAGCUUGAGACUGUACAAUGCUCUAAAGAAAUUUGGUUUCACUAUCAUUUUGCUAACCGGUCGGGACGAGGAUCAAAGGAGUUCCACCGAGACAAAUCUCCGCGAUGCCGGUUAUUCCGGUUGGGAACGUCUCCUCUUGAGAGGUCCAAAUGAUCAAGGGAAAUCAGCUACAAAUUACAAAUCCGAGCAGCGAUCGAAACUGAUUCAGGAAGGUUUCAAAAUCCGUGGCAAUUCCGGCGAUCAAUGGAGCGAUCUUCUAGGUUUUGCCGUGGCUGAUCGGUCUUUCAAAGUCCCAAAUCCCAUGUACUACAUUCCUUGAUCACACAUUUCUUAUUUAUGUAUUGAGUAACAACUUAUGUGUUUUAGAGAUUAAUAUCAUGUUUGCUCCUAGAUUACAUUUAUUUUUAGUAUAAACAAUAACUAAUACUUUCAUAUAAUGUAAAAUUAUAUUUGUUCGGUA